AUGCCAUCAGAUGGUAUUUUUUAUCUUAUAUUAUUAAUGAUUUUAUGUGGUACUUUUUCAAUUGUUGGAAAUAUUAAUCAAUUAGUAUCAUAUUAUUGUAAAAAAAAAUUUUUUCCAAAUAAUGAUAAUAUUUUUAACAAGAAUACAAAAAUUUUAAUAAAUUUAUUACAUAUAAUUUAUUUACUUCUAACACUUGCAAUACCAUAUUUAGUAUUAGAAAGAAUACAAGAAUCAUGGAUUUUAGGUAAUGAAACAUGUAUUUUUAAUAGAAUAUUAAUAAUGCUUGAAAGAUCAACAAAAUUAUGGUUAAUAAUGUUUAUUACACUUUUUCAAUAUAAAGAAUAUACACAGUUAAAAAGACAAUUACAAAAUAGUACAACAAAAAAUGAUUAUUUUUCAAAGUUUUCUCUUAAAAUAUCUUUAUUUAUUAUGAUUAUUGUUAGUGGUUCACUUAUACUUAUAAUGUUACCAAAUUGUGGAGCAUUUAAAAUAAUUCUUCAAACAUUUUAUAUUGAUACUAUUAAAAUUGACAUCAAGCAAAUAAAAUGUGGAAUUUCAGUAUCUGAUUUAUAUUUUUCAAUUGUUUAUGGAUAUUCAUUUAUGGUAGAAUUUUUUAUUCCAGGAAUCAUUUGUCUUACUAUUAUUAUAAAAUGGAUAAUAUGUAUUAAAAAAGAUCCUAAUCAAAACAAUAUUAGCUUAAAAUAUUUGUCAUUUAUAAAAUCAGUUUUUAUUUUUUUAUUCUUAUCAUUUUAUAUAUUUCUUCCUCAUUGGUGUGUUCUUUUAUUAAAAAUAUACGGUUAUGAUGUAUUUGGUGAUGAUAUUGCUGAAUAUUUAAUAUGGUUAUUUGAUGAAUUAUCAAAUAUUAAUAUAUCACUAUCUCCUUCAAUUUCGUGGCUUCCUCUAAUGUAUUUAUCGAAUCAUUUAUCAGAAGACGAAAACAAUGAAUUAAGCAACAAAAAGUUUUAUACAAGUAACAAAUAUAUAACUAAUUAUAAAAGAAGUUCUACACAAAAUGUAAUUCAGCAAAGAAAAUAUAGAAGUACAAAUAAAAUAGAAAAAUAA